UAGAAUAUUCUAUGCAAAGUCAAGAAAUGUACGUGAUCCUAGUUAUAUUCAUACUUGGAAAAAUAAUAUGCCACGAUGUAGCCGCUGUGACUGUGCGGGUAAAGCAAGGAUUGUUAGAAGGGGAGCAAAAAUUGACAAUAACGGGAGAUAAAAUGUUCUACAGUUUUAAAGGCAUUCCAUAUGCAGCACCGCCUACUGGCAGUAGGAGGUUUAAGGCACCCCAACCUGCACGAUCAUGGAGAGGAAUUCGAAAAGCAAUUAAACAUGGGAGUGUUUGUCCCCAAUUUGAUUUCUUAUUUACGAAUAUGUACAUACCUGGAAGCGAAAAUUGCCUUUUUUUAAACGUUUAUACACCAAAAUUACCACCGUGCUCUCUUUCACCAGUUAUGUUUUUUAUUCACGGAGGUGGUUAUGUAUCCGGAUCUGGUAAUGAUGAUUAUUAUGGACCCGAUUUUCUAAUUGAUCAAAAAGAUGUGGUUGUGGUUACAAUAAAUUACAGACUUGACAAUCUCGGAUUUCUGGUGUUAGAUACUGCAGAUGUGCCAGGAAAUGCAGCAAUGAAAGAUCAAGUAGCUGCGUUAAGAUGGGUCCAAAGAAAUAUAAAAAACUUUGGUGGAGAUCCGAACAAGGUGACCAUCAUUGGGCAAAGCGUGGGUUCUUCUUCUGUGGCUUUACACGCACUGUCGCCGAUGUCUAAAGGGUUGUUUCGUAGAGCCAUAGGAACGAGUGGAGUGCCAAUAAACGAUUUCAUAACAGCAUUUGAACAAAGACGGAGAGCCUUUGAGCUUGGUAAAAAGCUAGGUUUCGAGACUACAUCAACUUCAGCGCUCUUAAAAUUUCUCCAAACUGUGCCUGUUCGACUACUGAUUAAUACGAAUUCUUCUGUUAUAGCAGCGGAAGAUUAUAUUCAGAUUUUAACGAAAGGAUAUUAUGUUGUGCCAGUCGUUGAAACAGAUUUUGGUCAAGAGAGAUUUUUAACUGCAUCGUCCCUUACUUUGAUUGAGAAAGGACAACAUGACGUCGACAUGUUACUAGGCUACACUUCAAACGAAGGAUUAAUUGCUGUACCGUUUCUUGAAAACUCAAGUAUCUUCGCAAAUUAUCGCAGAUUUCCAGAAGUUUUAGUGCCAAGAGAUAUUUUAUAUCGAACAACACCGACGCUCCACUUGCAACUGGCAGAUUUUAUCAGACAACACUUCACUGGGUCACCGCUGAGGUCUUUAAAUACGAUACCAAUUUUCGUGAGCUAUGAAACAGAUUUAUUUAUUUAUCCUAUAAUUAGAUACGCAAGGCGUUUAUCUAAUGGCAGAAACGGUCGUAUAUAUUUGUUUGAAUUUUCAAGUGUGUCUGAACGCAAUGUUUUGAGUCAACCAGGUAGGAGAUAUGGAUUAACAGGAGUUUCACACAUUGAAGAUCUAUUUUACGUGUUUAACCCAAAUGUGUUGAAUCUCCCGGUCAAUAAUAAUGCCACUUCCUACAAAAUGAUUCAACAGAUCUGUGCCCUGUAUACUAACUUCGUAAAAUUUGGUAACCCCACGCCCGACGCGUCGCUCGGUGUAGUCUGGCCCACGUAUGAUCCGGAAUCCGCUAUAUACUUGGACGUUGGAAACGGUCUAACGCUACGCACCAACCCAAAAGCGUCUACGAUGAAUUUCUGGGAAAGUGUUUAUAAACUAACAAAUAUACCAUUUUAGAAUAAAUAAUAUAGUAAAUUUGUUUU